AUGGAUACUUUGGAUACGGACAACCGCUCGCUCGCAGAAAUUAAGUUGGCAGACCUGCUGCGCUCUGAGGAGCGAUAUGCUGAAGCAGCGGUUGAGUAUGAAAAUGUCGUUACAGGUAACCCAACUGGUGAAUACGCCGACGAUGCACAGUAUCUUGUCGGACUUUGUUACUAUAAAGCGGCGAAAGCGGCAUCCGAUGACGCAGCCCUCUUGGACAAAUCCGUUGCUGCCUUCGAGAAAUCGAUUGGAGAUUAUCCGGAUAGCCCGAAUGCAGUUGAGUCAUAUUACGGUUUAGCACUCGCUUAUCGUGACAUGGCAUUGGGUGGAAAUACAAGUGUAUGGCCAAAAGUGCUAGAAGUUGCCGAUACUGCUUACGCGCAGCAUGGUAGUAGCGAUAACACCGUAGUCCAAAAGACGUUGGGUCAUAUAGACUUGGUCAAAGCAACCGCCAUUGAAAAACAGGGUAUCAAUUCUGAAGAAGAGAAGGCUGAACUCAUUGCGAGUCUGAGGCGAAUUGCUCAGAAUACCGGUGCUCCAGAAAAUUCCCGUUCACGAGCACAGUUGAAAAUCGGGCACCUGUAUUAUGGUGACGGUGAGCAUGAAAAAGCGCUCGCUGAAUACCAAGUAUUUCUUCAGAUGUUCCCCAAUAGCGAGCUCGUGUCGAAUGCGCUAUAUCAGGCAUCUGUUUGCUAUUAUCAGAUCGGUCAAAACAGCACAGAUGAAGGAGCCCAACAGCUUGCAUUCCAGAAUGCUGUAAAUACCGCAACACAAGUUACUGAAAGAAACCCCGAUGUGGAGGCGGCAAUCAGUGCCUAUUACACAAUAGGGCUAGCAAAGCAUGCAAUGAAUGAUAGCAAGGGAGCAAUUUCGGCGUUUCUUCAGACCACCUCGUAUGAGGGACAAACGGAGGACAAACCCCGGCAAGAUCUAAUUCGUCAAGCACAUACCCGUCUUGCAGAUUUGAAUACCGCUGUCGGCGACCAUGCGGCAGCCGUGCGGGAAUAUAAGUAUGUGAUUCAGUAUACAGACGAUGACGAUCAGAAGGGACGCUCCUACUUCUCCAUAGCAUACGCCCAAGACGAACAUCUCAACCAGUAUGAUGAUUCGCUCCUCAAUUAUCAAAAUUCGAUUCAGCUUUCUAAAGAUUCGCUCAUCAAGGCACAGGCAUACUAUCGGAUGGGUCUGAUUUACCAAGAAAGACUGAAUGACCCUGAGAAUGCACUGAAAGCAUACGAAACCUUGAUUAGUCAAUUCGGUGCUGAAUCUAAUACCAGCAUCCAAUCCAUGGCGGCAGACGGUGGCAUUCGUCGGUCCGACCUCUACCUAAAAUUGGGACGUGUGAACGAUGCAAUCACUCAAGCAGUCGCUGCACGCGAGGCGGCGCAAACGGUUCCACAGACAGUUUCCGCACAAUAUAAUCUCGGUCUUCUGUACUUCGGCGAAGCGCGGAAACUCUUCUCGGAUAAGCCUGGUACCGACUUAAAGCCGUAUAUUGAUGCGAGUCGGCGAGCCGCAGCCUCCUAUGUUGAAGCGGCUAAUAUAGCACCAGCCGAUAAGGUCAAUGACACCAUUAGUCCAUUUGUUCAGAACGCGCUCUUUACAGCCGGGCAGAUUUACUACUCGCUCGGUACAGGGAUCAAACUUCCCGAUGAUCUCAAUAACGCGAUUCCGGUGCUGAAGCAGUUCGUUGAAUAUGCGGACAAGGGCAUUUUCUCCGUCUCAUCACAGGCGGAUGUGUCGGAAAACGUCCAGACCGUAUUGGGCUAUCUCGCACCCACAUACUAUGAACUGGGUCGAAUGCAGCUUGGUUUCGACGAAAGGUUUUCUGAAAAGACUGUUAGCUUCUUUGAGCAGUCAGCGAGCGUGUUCAUGGAUCUCACCAAACGAUUCCCUAAUGCGAAAGAAGCUCCGUUCUGGCAGUAUCAGGCAGGUGAGGCGUACUUUGCAGGUCAACAGCACCUGAAAGCUAUUGAAGAGUACAAGAAGGUUCGCCGCAUCAAUCCGCAACAUGCACAGGCAGCGGAAUCUCUUGCCGCGAUUUCGACCUGCUAUGCGUUGCUGGAAAAAAAUACCGAGGACGAGGCAGAGAAAGAGAAGUGGUUGGACAAAGUCUUUGAGACAAACGAGAUUCUCGCAAAGAACUAUUCGACCAGUCCCUUUGCAGCCGAAGCGUUUCUCAACAUCGGCAACACAUACUAUAACCAAGGGGUUCUCGACAGUGCGACAGAAGAAGACCGUAUCCGCCUCUAUACGAUGGCUAUCGAACAGUAUGAGAAGGCAUUGGCGGUUCCCGGUAUCAAUGCGGAGUCGAAGGAGAGUGCUGACCUUUUCCUGAAUGAUACGAAAAGAGCUCUCUCGGCAGAUGUAUAUAUUCAGGCAACCAGCAAUUUCGAUCGGGCGAGAGUGGCAUCUGAAGGUGAACAGAGGGAAGCUGUUGAGCAGGCAAUCGCUGGGUUCCAAGAUAUCAUCAAAAUAUAUCCGACUACUAAAUACGCCGACCUUUCUUUGGUGCAAAUUGGUGAAGCGUAUAUGCUGUUAGCGGUUGAAAAUGAUGAGUAUUAUAACGACGCGCUUGACUCCUUUGAUGCGUUGUGGAGUAAAUACGCGACCGUUCCGCCCAGCGACACACAGGUCAACAAAGCGUUGAGAUACGCACAAACUAAGAUUACCGAAAUCACGGAGUAUAUGAAAGAUCGAAACAUCCCACGUCGUACCGGCGGUGGUGGCGGUGGCGAAUAA